AUGGGCACAGAGAUUGGCCUUCUCUCCAUGACCCAGAUCCAAAAAUUGUCACAAUCCCAACACAACCAUCCCAAUCAGCUUCUUCAACCUCAUCCUCUCCCAAACCCUAGCUCUUCUUCUUCUUCUUCUUCAACAACCUCCUGGAUCAUGUGGAAGCCUAGGGAUCCUCAGGAAGAGGAUGACUCGUGGGAGGUCAGAGCCUUUGUGCAGGAUACCACGAACGUCAUGGGCACCACUUGGCCUCCCAGGUCCUACACCUGCACUUUCUGUCGAAGGGAGUUCCGUUCAGCCCAAGCUCUUGGCGGCCACAUGAACGUCCACCGCCGUGACCGUGCCCGUCUCCACCACCACCAACCACCACCUGCUGCUGCUUCUGUUCACAGCAACCUGACACCUCAUCAUCAUCAUCAAGAGCUUGUUGCAAACAACGGCGGAUACUUUCUCUACCAUUUGCCAAGCCCCGAUGGGAUUGGAAACUUCUCUGGUACUAGUAAUGCUACUAAUACUCUCGCUUCUUCUUUGAAUGCAUGUAGAGAACCAGUAUCACCCACCACACUUCUCUCCGUUAUGCCCUACCCACCAAGCAACUUGGUGUCAACUAGCAUCCCCUCCUAUGAUUUUCAAGCCGAGCGGCGGCCUGCAGGAUUCGUCAAUUCUUCUUGCUGUGAUUCUAGCAAACUGGAACAGCCCACGGCAUCCUCGUUCGCUGGAAACGGCCAUGAGGAUCUUGAUCUAGAGCUCCGGCUGGGGUACAGACCACCACCUAGCAGAAAUCAGAAAACGGUGUGCCUGAGAAAAAGAGAAUGA